AUGGCCUUUUCUACUGUUGCCGAUCCCUAUGGUGCACGAUUGACCGCCUAUGAUUUGACCAGUGAUACCGCCACCGCUCCCACCGAUACCAUGUUUGAUAUCAUGAAAGCCGCUUCGCGUGGAGAUGAUGUAUUCAACAUGGAUCAUGAUAUUCAUCAAUUGGAAGCUUAUAUGGCCAAGUUGCUCGGUCAGGAAGCCGCGUUAUUCUGUGUCAGCGGCUGCAUGACCAAUCAGCUCGGUUUACGAUGUUUGUUGACUCAACCACCUCACUCGGUGCUUUGCGACGCACGAUCCCACGUCUUUUUAUACGAAUGUGGUGGUAUCGCUUACCAUUCCCAAGCCAAUGUGGCCCCCGUGCAGCCGGCCAAUGGCAUCCAUUUAACCGUCGACGAUGUCAAAGCCGGCGUGGUUACCGACGACUUGUGUGGAGCACUGACCCGAGUGAUUUCACUGGAAAAUACAUUGAAUGGCACUGUCAUGCCAUUGGAGGCCAUGCAACAAAUCAGCGCCUUUGCACGCGAGCAAGGAUACAAGAUGCAUCUAGAUGGCGCGCGAUUGUGGAACGCUAGUCAAGCAACCGGUGUUGCCAUGCACGAAUACGGUCGUUUGUUUGAUACGGUGUCGGUAUGUUUGUCCAAGGGCGUUGGUGCUCCGAUCGGGUCCAUUUUGGCCGGAUCCCAAGCAACCAUCACCCGGGCACGUCACAUUCGCAAACUGAUGGGAGGAGGAUGGCGUCAGGCUGGUUGCUUGGCAGCUGCAGCCAAGCACUGCAUUGAUACUGUGGUUCCUACGAUGCCUGAAACUCAUCGUCUGGCCGCUGAUCUGGCUGCGCAUCUGCAGUCGCUGGGCAUGCGCCUUCUCGUACCCUGCCACACUAAUAUGGUGUUUUUUGACACAGCACCCACGGGGAUCACCAUUGAAGACCUUGCACAACCAUUGGCUCAGAAGAAUAUAAUCAUCAGUUCCACACCCGGUACCACCACACGCGUCGUGCUUCACUAUCAGAUCACGCCACAGGCAAUAGAGGAUUUCAAAACCAUCGCAACCCAGGUCGUCCAAACAAAAGGCAAACCUGUCAAUACCAUUGUCGAUCCUGCCACACCUCCCAUGAUGGCCGAUCUCAAAAGCACUUACCCAUCCGCCAACAAAACCACCACAGUUCAAUAA